AAGAAGCAUGCACGCACCACGUACAAAAUUGAACACGAACUAUCGCUGUCUGAAUUAUGACUUCAGAUACCCUAUACCUUGAAGUUGUUGUAGCAGUGGUAUUUCUACCAUUGUUUGCACGAGGUUUCUUAUUGAUUGACAAUACUACAACAAAUUCACCAGAUUUUCAACAGAAUCCGACAUUAGCAUCUGGAGGAACUAUUACAGACACUUUGCAGAAAAACGGAACAACACAAUUUGUCGAUGCAGUUCCUACGAAAGUGCCAGUGACAUUGUACGUAAAUACGUCAUCUACGGUUUCAUCACUUGUAUGUGAAGACACGAUAGAUACGUGCAGUCAGUACGGAAGAACACCAUGCGCCGAGAAGACAUAUGAGGCCUGGGCAAAAUCACACUGUGCUCUAUAUUGUGGAUUUUGUACACCACCAAUUUCAGCGAACCAAGUUUGUGAAAAUAAACUAUCAAACUGUGCCGAAUAUGAUUCUGGUAAUCUUUGUACUGAUGAUACAUUUUACACGUGGGCGUAUGACAACUGCAAAGGAUAUUGCAAAUUUGAUAUAUGUAAUGAUAGUUGGUGUGAAGACAGUAAAGGUGCAAAUUGCCCACUUCUUGACUCAGCACUCAAUCUUUGCUCAGACAUUCCAAAAGCUAAAACCAUCUGUAGGAAAUACUGCAAUCUGUGCAAUGUCACUGACGGAAAAUGGUGUUCAUGGGGUCCUUGGAACAGCUGUGAUGUCACAUGCGGGAAUGGAACUCAAAUACGAACAAGACAAUGCGCUUGUCCAAAGCCUCAAAAUGGAGGUAGUAAUUGUGUUGGAGAUUUCGAAACUUCAGCAACGUGUUCAACAGACAGCUGUCCAGUGCAUGGUGGCUGGAGCACGUGGUCUGACUGGGGUACCUGCAGUACGUCUUGUGGGAUAGGAUUAAGAAGACGAGACAGGCACUGCAAUGAUCCAUACCCAUCAUUGUAUGGAGACCACUGUUUCGGUGAAAACAUAAACUAUGAUGUUUGUGCGGAUGAUAUGUGCACAAGCGGUAAAUGGACAGAAUGGGGAGAAUGGGAUGCUUGUAGUGUAACAUGUGACGUUGGUCUGAGAAGAAGAGAACGUAACUGCACUGUGUCAAAUGUACUUCUUCAAACAUGCACUGGAGAUUCGUUUGAAAUUGGAAUAUGUACUACCAUUGCCUGUUCAGCAUCUGUGCGCUUGGUAAAUGGAACACAUAGGUAUGAAGGAAGACUGGAAGUGUAUCACAAUGGAGAAUGGGGAACUGUCUGUGAUGAUGGAUUUGGAAGAGAUGAAGCACGAGUAGUUUGUAAAAUGUUAAACUUACCAUGGAGUGGUGCACACGUUUACUCUGGAGCACAUUUUGGACGAGGCGCAUUGCCUCUGGUAUUGGACGACGUAGUGUGUUCCGGCUCAGAGAUGAGCCUGGGUGACUGUUCUCAUCGAUCUUGGGGUUCAAGUAACUGUGGUAAUGGCGAGGAUGUUGGAGUAUCGUGUCAGCCAUCUCUGCAUGUUCGUCUUGUUGGUGGCAGCACUUCCCAUAGAGGACGCGUAGAGGUGUCUAUCGACGGUAGCGAUUGGGGUACAGUGUGUGACGAUGCAUUUAAUAACGCCGCCGCUAAAGUUGUGUGCAGAAUGUUAGGUUAUUCAACAUCACAUGCAAGAUCAGAUACCAGCGUCAGUCGAGGCACUGGGCCAACAUACCUGGAUCAAGUCGUUUGUACUGGUUUAGAGUACUCCUUACUCUUGUGUAAACACAACUUAUGGGGUGAUGAAGAUUGUAGCCAUGAUGAAGAUGUUGGAGUUGUAUGUGCUUAAAAACGGGCAUACAAUUUUUAUUCUACGGAACUUUCAAUUAUUACUGAUCUAUUAAAAAAGCAUUGUUUCCUAA